AGUUAGGCAACCGCUAAUCCUUACAACAACCUAACAAAUCAUAUAUGAAGUAGCUGACUACCUACAUAGUACCUACUUAAAGCCCAUUUACAUUUGAAAUUCCCGCGAUUACACUUGAUGAUAUCUUGAUCAUCUUAUUUUAUUUUAUACCAUUUUAUUAGGAAUAGAUAGAUUCGAAGCUAAUUAUGGGUAUACUGUUGUUGGUUAUCUCAAGUAUCUUACUAUUCUUGAGCGUAGCCUCUUUCAUCCCUCAAUAUAGUCGAAUCUUAUCCCGCGGCGACUGCUCUAGAAUUUCGCCUUACUAUGUGCUUUUCAACUUCAUCGUGGCUACGGAGCAGCUUACCAUUAGCUUGCAUUUUAUCAUAGUUAAUGAUGCCAUCAUGGACAAUAUCGUGCACACUCCUCCGGUGGCUGGUGAUUGGCUCAACUUAGCUCAGUUUAGCACUGUCUGGGUCUGUCAAUUGAUACUGUUUGGACUUUACCUCCGCUACUCAUCGUUGACGCGCACCAACAAAUACUGGAUGAUAGUUGUCUAUAUCGCCUACUUCCUUAUCUCGGGAGUACCAGUCAUAAUCGAGUCUACCCUAAUACCUCCCUCAUCUGGAUCCUCUUUUAAUGAGAGUUGGUGGUACUCUGUCGUGUUUUUCUACAUCCAUAGCGUCUUUAUAAACCCCGUAAUUACUGCUCUCGCCAUCGCCUCCCUAUUUCCUCAACGGAAGGAGUUGCUGUUAUACCAGGAGAUUGGCGCAUUGAGCCCCACCGGACUUGUCGCUCAAACCACCAUAUUUACGAUAGUGGCUUUCCUUUGGAUCGUGCGCAUCCCUUUGCCUUGGGGUGUUCGCUUUACCGCAUGGUAUCAGGUUGUUGGCUGGGCUGCCGUUGAUAACUUGAUCUUUGCUCUCGUACAGGGAAUCUUAUGUUGGGAAUCGAGAAAGUUGAAAUCGGUGGGACAUACAACCGAUGAUGAAUCCGCUCCUUUGCUUCCAUCGGAAUAAGGGUAACCACAACCUCCGCUUCGGCCUCACCAACAUUCUCCACUGCUAAUUUAUCGCCGCUGUUAACAUUAUCCACAAAUACGCCGUCACCCUCAUUCAAUACCUCAUCUCGGCCAUCUAUCCGAAUCUUGGCUUGUCCCUGCUUCGUCAUCGGAAGAUGAACGUACACCUUUCUUUUACUAUUUUCUGUCACCUUAGCCCCAACAGCCCAAUCGAAUUUUCCUUG